AUGAUUUGUGUGCAUCAAAAAACAUGCCACAUUCACACACACAAACUUGGGCACAAGAAGUGUGUCCCGCUGAACUUGGCCAAAAUAGAUAUGUUUGAACCAAACAUGGUGAGAAGGCUUCCAGGGCAGCCCCCCUGUUCUAAAAAUGUCACAUGUAUCUUCCACUCAGGAUGCACUAAAGAUCUGCAGUUGUGUUACAAGACAAGGCCAGUUUCUGCUGAAUGGUAUAUAUGCAAUCUGUGCUCUGUUACAAAACCCAUUCAGGUUUCAAGACAAGCCCUGCUGGGUCAGGUCAAAGGCCCAUCUAGUUCAUCACCCUAUUCUCAGCCAGGUGCCUAUGGGAAGCCACAAGUAGGACUUGAGUACAACAGUACUCUCACUACUUGUGCUUCCUAA